UUGGGGGGUUCCCCCUUUCCCUUGGUGCCCAAAGCACGGGCUUAUAUUGUCUAAUGGUGAAAAUUCAGCCAUGUUACUAUACUAACUAAAUUAUCUAGCUUGCCAAUAGCAAUCCGAUCUCGUUAAUUUCGACUAAUACCCGUCCAUAUACUCCGAUACUUCAAAAAUGCUGAAAACAUCUAUUUUUUUGGAAACAGUGUGUCAUUGCAAAUAUAGAUUUCUGAUUUUGUAAUCGCUAGAAUUAACUCUGUAUAGUGCCAAAUUUAAAUAUUUUUCUUUUUUUGUGGAUUUAGAUAUCGUUCAUAUCCGUUUUAAAAUUGCCAAUUCAUUAUCGGCAAGCUUUCAUCAAAAUAGCCAAUGCCCAUCCCGAUAAGCGAUAACCGAUACAUGUGUACCUUGAAGAUAUAUUUUAAUCAUGUAAGAUUACGCAGGAUUUCUAGUCCAAAUAUAUUUACAUAGAAUGUUUAGUCAGCAAUAAAAACGAAUCGAUACAAAAAUGACAUGUACCUAAUUAAUAUGAACCAAUGCUCACUGCACAACAAAACAUUCACAAAAAGAGAAAUGCCCUUUAACACCGAAAACUAUAAUGUGCAACGUCUAUACAUUUUCUAAAAUAUAAAUAUUUUCUGCGAAAAUUAUAUUAUUUAUAUAAGUAAAUAUUUUUAUUUAUGAAUAUUAUUAUAAUCAAUUACCAGAGUAUACCCGAAAUAGUAUACACGUAUACAUAUAUAUCUCUGUGAUAUCAUGUUAUGUCAUUCGUCCAGUCUGUAUGUUCAGUAAAUUACAGCAAGUAGGAUCAUGUUGGCGUGUAGUCAUUCCAUACUAAAACUAUGACUAUUUAACGGUUAGGACUGUGAUGUCAGCCAUGUCACACAGCGAAUCAUAAAUAACAUGAUCAAGAUUUUUAUCGUGGCUUUUUUGGAAUACAAAUGUUUCAUUCCAAUGUAAAAAAGAUAAACAAUCAUAUCAAUAAAUUUGCAUAAUAACGUGCACAUACCUGUUUUUAACUUAUGUAACUUCAUAUAAUAAUUUUAUACGUUUCGAAACGUUUUUACAUCAUGCUAUUUGGACUAUUCAUAAGUACUUAAUUGUUUUGUUUAACGCGUAUAUUUUAAAAAUGUUAAUGUGUGUCAAUCUUUACAUUCGAAUAUUAAGAGCUACAUCUGAAAUAAAUUACACCUAUUUAUAUAAGUUCACGGUAAAUUUAAGGGUCAUUCCAGGGUUAUUAAUAAAUUUUCAUUAAUCUAUUACAUACACUAUGCAAUUCAUUAUGGUAGCGUGUAACUGAAUACCCUCUUCUCCGGGCCAUUUAUUUUGCGUCCGAAUACUUGUAUGCAAGGACAUUGGACAAGUCCAAUCUAGGAGAUUUAAAAAGUCUCGUGUCACAUUUUUACAAACUUAAAUUUAGAAGGUUAACAAAUAUAGUUACACCCAUGUUAUGAACAUAUCUUAUAACUCAAAAUAUUGCAUGGAAGUCGAUAAGAGAAAAGUAUUUAUUUGUGUUGCAUUAUAUAAAUAGUAACACGAUAACCUCUCCUUCGAGAGAAUAUGAAUAAAAAAAUAUAAAAUGGCGGUAAAAUAUUCAUGCGGAAAUAAAGUUACUACCAUAUUUUUAGUGCAUCGUUACAUAAUUUGAUAGUUUAGAAGGGCUAUAUUUUGAUAAAAAGAAGGUUCGGCGAUUUACGCAUACUAUAUAAACUGAGUCGUUGGAUGUCCAGGUACUCUGUAUCAACGUAGACAACAACGCGUUGAGACUUAAAAAAUAUAGAAGAAUAUAUUUUAUGACUUUUACAGUUAGUUCAUAUAUUGCAAAUAAAGUUACAUUACGCUACUGCAAAUAUAUCAGUCAUAACUAAUAUAUUCAAUUUUAUAAACUCAUAAAGUCAACAGAAGAACAACCUCUAUCCCAAUGAUGAAUUCGAAAGACGCAAUGUCAAAAUCUGAUUUACAGGCGGAAGAAGGUGCCUCUGUGGACAAACGUAAAAGUCUUUAUGGAAUUGAACCAAAUGUUCGCAGUGCUUCGUUUUCCCUAAGCACGUUCAAUAUGGUGAAUGCUUUACUCGGAACCGGGAUAUUGGGUUUACCGUAUGCAAUGGGACAGCUAGGAAUAUUUCUGUUUUUCUUAUUCGCCGUUUGCAUUGUUUCCGUUGCGUUAUUCACUAUAUACCUGCUAUUGAAAAUGUGUGAGCAAACUGGAGUCAAAGAGUAUGAGAAAAUAGGAUUCAGCGCAUUUGGUCUUUCUGGAAGAGUAAUCGCUGCUCUUUGCAUCAUUGGAAACAACAUUGGAUCAAUUUCUUCAUACCUUCUCGUAAUAAAAUAUGAACUUCCCAACGUAAUUCUUUCAUUGAUGGACGAAACGAAAUUAGAUGGAUCUUGGUACUAUAACGGAAGCAUUCUUGUGAUAAUUGUAACAUGCGCUGUCAUCGUUCCACUUUCAUCUUUAACAAACAUUGGAUUUCUCGGAUACACGAGUGGAUUUUCAAUUCUAUGCAUGGUUUUUUUCGUAAUCACUGUUAUUUUCAAAAAAUUCACAACACCAUGUCCCUUGCUGAGUGAAGGCAUCAUAGACAAUCUUACGCUAUUUGAAGCAGAAAAUUUCACUGCGUAUAUGGAAGAAAGUUUUUCGGGAUUUGGAAGUGGAGAUUUGAUUUCUAAUGCGUCAGGAGCGGAUUUUCAUUAUUUUAAUGGUAGUGUUUCCAACUUUCAUCUAGGACAUGAGGAACAACAAUGCGACGCAGCUGUUUUCGAGUUCACGGAUAAGUGGGUUUAUGGACUUCCAACCAUCAUUUUUGCAUUUUCCGGCCAUGUCGGUGUACUUCCUAUCUAUGCAGAACUCAAAAGUCCAUCAACAUCGAGAAUGCAAACUGUGGCUUUUUCGGCAUUUACAACGUGUUUUACUUUGUAUUCACUGUCUGCAGUAUUUGGAUAUUUAACAUUUUAUAAUUGGUUGGAACCAGAAUUACUUUUGACUUAUAAUCUAACUGAUCAGAGCAACCUUCUUACACUUCUUGUUAGGAUAUGUGUGCUAUUAACUGUUAUCGUCACAGUACCAGUGAAUCACUUUUCGAUGAGAAAAGCUAUCAAUUUUAUACUGUUUCCGAAGAAAAACUUUUCUUGGUUUAGACAUAUUGGAAUAAUGCUUGUCAGUUUAGCGAUGAUUCUAUGUUUUGUGAUAUUUGUGACAAAUAUUCGGGAAGUUUACGGAAUUGUUGGUGCGACAACAAGCAAUAUGGUGACCUUCAUUCUUCCUUGUGUAUUCUUCCUAAAGCUGGACAAUUCAGGCUUGAAAUCUCCUAUCAAAAUAGCUGCUAUCAGCAUAUGUGUUGUGGGAAGUGGUAUCAUGGUGCAAACCUUGUGUAUUAUUAUUUUGGGAUACUUUUAAAAAUAAAUAUAUAUGAAGUUACUGCAAA